AUGAUUAACGCCCCAUCUGGCGGUCCCGGACUCUCCGUGGAUGAUCACCUAGCUGCCGACUUUGGACCUUCGCCCAUGACAUCGCCCAUGGCAUCGCCCAUACCAUCCAUACCAGAGGUGGUGGCUAAGAUCGAAGCAGAACUUCCGGGGAUCGUUUCUACUGACGAUGUUGGGCAUAGUCCUAAAAUUUCCAAUGCAGCGCUUGCGCGCCAAAAGUCCGCCGGAUCCAAUCUCAAUUCCAUAAUCGACACUACGGCGAGAAAACCACGGAGCGAGGAUCACUUGCAGAGCAAUCGAGCGACAAUGGGGGGCCACGGCGGCCCUCAUCUACCUCCGGGGCACUUUGUUUCACAAGUAGCCGCAUCGCCUCGACCCGCUCACAGAAUGCGACGCACGAGCAGCAUGCCUCUUGAGCCUGAUGUUGAGCAAGAAGAAGACGAGGUAUCCAUGGUAACCCCUAAAAAGGACGCUGUGCGCGUGUCACUUGAGGGUGUGGCGCAGUUGGGACAGUUGCUAUGCCGAAUGAUGCUGUUCCCCAUAUUCCGCUCCAAUAACGAGUACUUACAUUGGAAGAAGAUCUUUAGGACUAUUGUUCGCAUACGGCUGCCUGAUGAUUGCCGCCGGAAGAGCACUACCGGCAGAGCGACAUUGGCUCGGGUCUUGCUGGCCUAUUCCCAACAUAACAAAGAGGUUGGAUACUGCCAGUCGCUCAAUUUCAUAGGAGCCCAUCUGUUGCUGCUGAUGAACAAGAACGAAGAGGAUGCAUUCGCGGCCCUGUGUGUGCUGGUGGAUCAAUUGCCAAAGAAUUACUUCGACGAUUUGGAAGCACUGGCUGUGGAUCUUCUGGUGUUUGAUGAACUGAUGAAGGAACGCCUGCCGAGGUUACACGCACACUGCCGCCGAUUGAUGAAGCAGGAUGCCGUCACCUAUAACUAUAACGUACUGGAUGCGGAUGACGAUCCUCCGCUGACCAGUGUAUUCACAGGCCAGUGGUUCCCAACGCUGUUUGCAAACCUGUUACCGCAAGGAAUACUAUUCCGGGUGUGGGAUGCGAUACUCUUCGAUGGCGAUGAGAUGAUGUUCCGGGUGGCUCUGGCAAUCAUCACUAUGCUGGAACCUCAGUUGCUGAGCACCAAAAACUCUCUGCAGUUCUAUGAGCAGCUCAAAGAGCACACGCACGACUUUGGCCUUACAAAUGUCAUUAACUGUGAUGAUAUGAUCAAGCUGGCCUACAAUAUGUAUCCUUUCCCGCUACCAAGGCUUGCUGAGCUCCGAGCAUCUAUGGCUAAAAAGCGGUCUGCGGUAAAGCCGAAAGCAGCGGAGAAGCCCGCUUCAGAAAAGGCAGCUAGCCCGGGAUUUCUUCGAAGGCUAUCAUUGAAGCUGGACGGCACACUCGAUUCGAUUGCACAAGAAACUCUACCGGCUACGGAAUCUAAAAAUAGCACGGAAGCUGACUCAGAACCACAGGCUAUAAAUAGCGCGGAAGAAGACGCCUCAUCGCAAGCGCCAUCGCAAACUCCCACGCAAAUUCAAUCGUCACCAAAAACGCCAACACUACCAGACAUAGCGACAGAUACAAAGUCGGGGGGAGAAACUCAGGAAGCGGUGGUUGACGUCAAGAUGGCAAGUACGGACAGCGACAACACCACCCUGCAGAAGACUAGGAGCUCGGAGAGUGGCAAGAGCACACAGAGCACCACCAGCGGUCGAAGCCUGCAUAAUCCGAGCAGCCAACGGAGUGCAAAAAGCACUAAGAAAGAUGAAAGUAGCGAUUGCUCCAAUAUAAGCUGAGGGUAUUCACUAGAUAGUAUUAACUAGUAUUAACUCGAGUUAAAAUAAAAGUGAAACAGUUGUCGUACGUUGUAGGUGGUCUACGCCACUCUACGAGGAAGCUGUGUAGUGUAUGGUCUAUAGCGAGCAACGAUGGGUAGCAUAGAUUCCGAGGAAAUAAAUAGAUCAAUUUGUAGCGUGUCGUUAGCAUGAGGCAAUGAAUAGGUCUGUGACUACACACAUACUUAGUCAUAUUAAAC